AUGACCGUUCGUCAAUCUAGUGAUAUGGUAAAAUUCAAGGAAUGUCUAAAAAAAGCGGAGGAAGUUGUAAUAUUAUCUGGAGCUGGAGUAAGUGCUGAAUCUGGUAUCCCAACAUUUAGAGGUACUGAUGGGACCUGGAGAAGAUACAAAGCGUCGUCUUUGGCAACACCAGGUGCAUUUAGGACUACUCCAGGUUUGGUUUGGGAAUUUUAUCACCACAGACGAGAAGUCGCAGCUAAAGCGCAACCUAAUGCGGGUCAUGUAGCUAUAGCUAAUUAUGAAACAAAACAUGAAAAUGAGAAAAAAAUAACAGUAAUAACUCAAAAUGUGGAUGGACUUCAUGCAAAAGCUGGUACAAAGAACUUGAUUGAACUUCAUGGUAAUUUAUUUAAAACACGCUGUACUAAAUGUAAAGAAGUUGCAGUAAACACUGAUUCACCUAUUUGUGAGGCCUUGGGGAAUAGUGAAGAAUUAGAUGCAAAUGUAACGGAAUCAAGAAUACCUGUUACAUCUUUACCACAUUGUAAAAAGCCAAAUUGUAAUGGUCUUUUAAGGCCACAUAUUGUCUGGUUCGGUGAAACUUUAGAAUCCACAGUUCUAGAUAGUGCAGGAGCAGCAAUGGAGACUUGUGAUGUCUGCCUUGUGGUUGGUACAUCUUCAGUGGUAUACCCAGCAUCCAUGUUUGCCCCACAAGCGGCAGAAAGAGGGGCUAUUGUAGCUGAAUUUAACAUUGAACCUACACCUAUGACCCGAAACUUCCAUUUUUACUUUGAAGGCCCUUGUGGAACUACACUGCCUGUAGCUUUGGCAGAC